GUUUGCGCAUGCUUAGCAGCCUCUAGGUGAAGCGGUCUGUUUUCCUGGUGGGAACAUCGGAGCUCAGUCUCUUUAGUUUUCUGUUGGAGGGCAGAACUAUAACUACAGUAGGAAUAUAACCGAACUAUGUUUGUUACAUAAGUACUCUGAGACAGAAGCGUGAUGUUUUCAGCCAGCAUGGAAACCAAAAGAGUGGAAAUUCCCACCAGCGUACUAGACGAUCUGUGCAGCCGGUUCAUCCUCCACAUCCCCAGCGAGGAGCGGGACAACGCUAUUCGUGUGUGUUUCCAGAUUGAGCUGGCUCACUGGUUUUAUCUGGACUUCUGCAUUCAAAACACUCCAGGAGCACCUCAGUGUGGAAUCAGAGACUUUGCCAAAGCCGUUUUCCAUCAUUGUCCAUUUCUGCUGCCACAUGGAGAGGAUGUGCAGAAGGUUCUGGAGGAAUGGAAGGAGUACAAGAUGGGUGUACCCACAUAUGGGGCAAUUAUUCUAGAUGAAUCACUGGAGAAUGCGCUGCUUGUUCAGGGCUACCUGGCCAAGUCCGGCUGGGGUUUUCCAAAGGGGAAAGUGAAUGAGGAUGAAGCUCCUCAUGACUGUGCAGUUCGUGAAGUGCUGGAGGAGACAGGUUUUGAUAUCAAGAACCGCAUCUGCAAAGACGUGUACAUCGAGCAGAAGAUAACUGACCAGUUGGUGCGACUCUAUAUCAUCCCAGGAGUAUCCAAGGAUACAAAGUUCAACCCCAAAACACGGAAAGAGAUCAGGAACAUUGAAUGGUUCCCUAUUGAGAAGCUGCCCUGCCACAGGAAUGACAUGACCCCAAAGUCUAAACUGGGACUAGCACCCAAUCGGUUUUUCAUGGCCAUUCCAUUCAUCAGACCGCUGCGUGAAUGGAUUAACAGACUCAAGGGUGAAUCAGAUAGUGAUGAGGAGCUGGCAAACAACAGGAUGACUCCAUCCAAACCUUUAGAUGGCAUUCGGUCAAAGAGCCGAAACAAUGCACUCACUGACGUAUAUCCAGGAGAGGGUUGGAACAAACAUAAGCAGCAGAGGACUCCGGGGCAGAUGAACCAGAAUGAUCCCAACCAGAAACUGGUUUUGAAAAGCAGUGGCAAAAAAAGACAGGACUCUCCUUGUGUAAAGAGAGGAACCGGUGAAAAUGGAUCCAAUAACCAGCAGAAAGAGGACAAACGGACUCAGCCCAGGCGACUUCAAGAUAUGUUUGAGAGAGACAUGGCCACAAGCAGUUCCAGUUGCCAUUUAUCAUCUGGAGACAAAGACUUUGAGCAGUUGGUUUCCUCCAAGGCUUUCCUGAAUUUCAAAUUUGACAGAGACGCCAUCAUGAAAUGUUUUGAUUACUGAUGUUCAUCAAACUCUACAUUCAGUGACUUUUAAUCUUCAUGGACAAGGAUGUUUCUGAACAAGCUGUUUCCCUUUUUGCCAUCCUUGUUGUGAGCCCACAUAUCCAUCUGAAGUUUGUCCACAUUUCUCUAACCAUGUAGAAAAGUGUUUCAUGUUGCCUGCCUUUACUGUCCAACUGUUCUCACCUCAGUUCAUAAUGUAACAGUUCUUUUUUUUUUUUUUAUAUUAACAUUUUUAUUGAGAAAGCACAUUACAAUACAAUUAUAUAAUUACACCGAUUACAUUCACAUUUUUACAUGCUUCCUCUGUUUUCUAAUUUAGACAAGAGAGAGAGAAAAAA